UGCAGAACACUAGAUAUCCCUCCGCUUCCACCGUGCAACACUUCCAACCACACACACACACAAAAUAUCGAGGGAAGGGCGAACUAUUUUCAGGAAACUAGCUCGUACCAGACCCCGGGCGGUGGAAAUCAAUUGGCCGUUCAGGAAGGGAGUGGGGAUUAGAGAAUUGAUUAGGAUUGUCCUUCCCCGUCUCGUUUCUGGCCUUCGGGAAGCUAACCUCCCCCCCACACACACACACGAGAGAAUUCUUGCAGGGUCGGCAGGAGGGCGACUCAAGAAGCUCCAUUUCGCAAACUGAUAAUCCGAGAUUGAUCGCCGGUGCAGACUCGGAUCUCACGGCUCCUUCUAAGCUCCUCCUUUUGGAAGUCGGCUCUGGGCCCGAUCCGUGCGGGCCUACAAAGCCUCUAGCAAAGGUGGGGGGAGCGCCAGCUCCCUCUCUCCCCCUCCCUCUGCGCUUAGAGCAGUGCACUUACUCGAGACCCGUCCACUACCCAGCUAAACGUGCUUGAGCUACAGUAUUCAGCUUUCCCGGGCGGGAGGGGGCGCAGGACCCUAUCCCUCCAAGGGGGUUGAUUGUAUGAGCUUGGAGAGUGGAAAGGAGCUCUAUCCCCCAUCCCCGCGUCGACGGCUCCCCUCUACCAAGUCCAGUGGAUCAGCUACGGACCGUGCCUGCGCGCUGCUCUUUGGCACUUUUUUCAGAGCGAGCGAAGCAGGCCGGAGCUGCUUCCCCCGCCCCCACCGCGGUCUGCAGCCGUGGGCUCGCGCCUCUCCCCGGACAGCGGGUUCCCCGUCGGCCCUUUGGCCAAGACCGAGAUCGCCUUUGGCCUCCUGAGCCUUGGCGGCGGAAGGAGCUUAAAGUCAACGCUUCCGCCCAGUUCUCCCGAAGGAGGGGGCCAAGCCAGGCGCUGGGGAAAAGCGCCGCGGUUCCUUCUGGGGGUUGGGGCGCCCUUGCUAAAGUUGCUUUCCUUCAGCUCCGGAGAGGGGAAGAGAGAGUUCUGCUCGUUCGUCCGCUUGGCUUCUUCCUUCUCAACCACCAGCUGCUGGUGACGCAUCCGCCCUCCCCUCGUCUCCGGGCUGCUUUAAAAUACACCCUCCCCCACUUUUCCCCCCCACCUUCCCUCCUCCCUUCCUCCCUCCCUCUUCCUCUCGCUCCGGGCUGAAUUAGUUCCUCUCCCAGUGUGGCGUCUGCUGGCUCCCAGAGCUCGUUUCUUCUCCUUUUUUUUCGCGCGCUCUGCGAUUUGGGGCCGCCGGUUCCUGCUUAAGAGUCUGGAGGAAUUUUUGUGACUCCCCUUUUCCUUUCUGGCAGCAAGAGGGAACGGCGGCGAAGGCCAGUGUGCGGAUGAAGGACCUGCUGCAGUAGCGGGCAAUGAGGGCUCCUGUCCGGGUGCAGCUGCAGCCCCACAAGGACAUUGGUCGGGAGCUGCGCUGCAGCUGAGCGAAGGGCUCCGGCUCGUCACCCCCACCGCGAUCGGCGACGGCCACCCUUUUCCAAGCGGGGAAAAAAAGAAAGCAGAAGCUGCGAUCGGUGCCGCUGACCCCCUCCCCUUCCCCGCAAAAGCCAGUCUGAGUCUCCGGAGGAGAAAGGCUGCUGUUUUACCCCACACAUACACACACCCCACUCAAGGAUUGAGGCCAUUCUGGCGGAAGGGUGCGAAGGGGGGCUAGAUCUGGGGUUUAACAAUGGUGGGGCUUCUGGCGAGCUCCUGCUGCGCCCUGGCCGCGUCGGUGCUGCUCCAUCCCGGUUUCGGAUCUUGGUGAGGAAAAAAUGAACGAAGAGACGGCGAAUUCUAACCAUGAUAAUAGUUAUGCCCGUGUGCGAGCUGUGGUGAUGACCCGUGAUGACUCAAGUGGUGGAUGGUUACCACUUGCAGGGGGUGGACUAAGCUACGUCACCAUUUUCAAAGUCAUUCACCAAGAAGAAAGUGGCUGUGCUGAUUUUCUUAUACAUGGGGAACGUCUCAGGGAUAAAACGGUGGUUUUGGAAUGUACGUUAAAGAAGGAGCUUAUUUACAAUAAGGUUACGCCAACUUUUCACCACUGGAAGAUUGAUGAAAAAAAAUUUGGCCUCACAUUUCAAAGUCCCGCUGAUGCAAGAGCAUUCGAUAGAGGAAUUCGUAGGGCUGUUGAAGAUAUAUCUCAAGGUUGUUUGACCUCACAUGAUGAAAUCGAAGUGCCUGCAGAUGGCUUUCCAGCAAUUCCAGAAAAUACAUCAAGUUUGCUAAUGAAAGAUCCAAUUUUCCAACAUGACUCUCUAGCAAGCAAUGAUCCUCACAAAACCUUAUGUAUAAGACCUUCGGUCUUUGAAGAUUUGAACAACAGGAGAUUGUACUUCCACAACCAGCCAAACCAGAUACCCCAGAAGCCAGUCAGGAGUGUCACUUUUCAGGACGAAGAAGAAAUUGUUCGGAUAAACCCUCGUGAUAUUCUAAUCCGUCGCUAUGCAGACUAUCGGCAUCCUGAUAUGUGGAAAAAUGACUUGGAUAGGGAUGAAAUAGAUUCCUCGCUGCACUGCCCUAAAGCAGACCAUAAAAAAUCGGACUAUCUCUACCCAUCCGGAGAUGGGCCUAAACUGAAUUCCCUAAAAGAUUCUAAGAGUUCUGUGGUACUCAAAACACAGCCUUCUUCUAUCAAAUUGAAAAAAUCUAAAAAAAGGAAAGAGGAUGGUGAGCGCUCUCGAUGCAUAUACUGUCAAGAGAGGUUUAACCGUGAAGAGAAUGGCCGAGGCAAAUGCCAAGAUGCUCCAGACCCGAUUAGAAGAUGCAUAUACCAAGUUAGCUGCAUGCUUUGUGCCGAGAGCAUGCUCUACCACUGCAUGUCAGACUCCGAAGGGGACUUCUCUGACCCUUGCUCCUGCGACACGAGUGACGACAAGUUUUGCCUACGAUGGCUCGCCCUCGUCACUCUGUCAUUCAUUGCGCCAUGUAUGUGCUGCUACCUCCCGCUAAGAGCGUGCCACCACUGUGGCGAAAUCUGUGGAUGCUGUGGAGGAAAACAUAAAGCUGCAAGUUGAAGAAGCCCAGUGCAAAAAUGGGCUGACAAGUCUUUGUUGCUGGGAAGUAUCCAAUUCAUGGAAGCACUUGGCAUGCAGAAGGGAAAACCCACCCUAUAGGAAAGGCCUCUUGUGGAAGAGAUGUCAGAACUGUGGCAUUUGACCAAUGCAAGCCAUGCCUAAUCUACUUUUUAAGUGCAUAGACAAGUGGUGAAGGAGUUCUUGCAACCUGAAAGCCUUUCCUUCCGAUUGGUCUUUGAAAGAAGUAUAAACUCCAUACUUCAGCACUCUGUACAUUUUGUGCUAUAGGUGAUGGGGGGGAACACUCUUUGAAAUAAUCAAUUUGGCAGAAAACUUAAUUACACCUGCACUAGGGAAAGCUGAUUGAAAACUAAAGGAAGUUAAUGUCUUGGCAGAUAUGAAAAAUUAAAUUGAUUUUAAGUGCAACUAAAUUACUUAUAAAUAGUUUUGGGAAACAGUUUUAUGUACAAAUAACAAAUGUUUAUAUUUAACAAAAUAUACGGUACAAAUUGUUAAAUCUUUCUUCCACUUUCCAGUUCAGCAGUUAUGGACCUUGUUUUCCAGGCACAUUCCGUGGUAGUAUUUAUCAGUUUUAAAUACUUAGUAUUUUUAUUCAAAUAGAGAAAUCAAUAUUUUCAGUCUUAUUUCCCUUCAACUACAUUUUUGUAUUAAUUUUCUUCUGUACAUUCUGGUAAUCUGAAAGCCUUUAAAUAUUAAUUAUUGUAGUCUUGAAUGACCAAUGUUUUGUUAAGCACAGAUAUAAUUGUCUAAUGCUCUUAUGAGAACAUAACAUUUAUUUUUAUAUAUAAAUAACUCUAAUUUCAAUGUAAUGGCAAGAUUUUACCCCUCCCUUUCUCGCAGCCAGCAAAUUUUCUUUUAGGAUUUCCUCCUAAAAAUUUUGAUGACAGAUGUUUGGGAAGAGAAAAUUACCACUUCGAAAUUGUUUAAAAUAUAUGCUUAUAACUUUAUUUCAACUCGGUGCCAGUUAUUUCUUUAUAUGUUUCCAUUAUUUUACUUUUAUUUGACCUACCACAAGUUAAACUUAUGCUGUAUGACAAACUGUAGUCCAGGUAGGAAAAAACAAGUUAAUUUCUUGUUGAAUGAAAAUGGAUUUUAUUUUGUCUUUGAGUUGUAUUAAUGAAUAUAUUUAACUUAACAUUUGGCUGUGUGUUCUAAAUGCCAUUUCUGGUAAUUCCUAAAUGUUAUCUAUCAUAUGGCAUAAUAACAUAAUUAAGCAUAGAGGAUUUUUAUUAAUAAAAGUUUAAAGCAGUGGAGCAGUCGUUCAUUCAAAAAGGUUAAAGGGUGUGGAGAAGGAAGUAAAAUAUGUCUUUAAUAUGUUUUUGGAUUAAAAUUAAAAUUUCACAAUUUUUAA